AUGCAGACCUCAGAGGCAUCAGGUAUUUAUGAGUACUAUGAAAGUGAGCCUACCACAAGACUGGUGAUAGACUCUGAUGACCAUCUCCAGGAAUCUGCUACCAUUAGGUUAGAUCCUGAAGAUAAAGAUGUGACUAGCAAUGCCAUAGAAAUAGUAGAAGUCACAUCUGCAGAUACAUUUCAUGUAGUAACUGAAAGCAAAUUUCAACAGUCUGGUCAAAGUACAUCUUGGGUGGAGAAUAUGGAUAGUUUCCCAGACGUUCUUACAAGUAAGAAACCAACUGAAGCUGAUAUUGAGGAGAAUGGAAAGCAAUAUACCUCGACAACUGACAACACUAUUACAAAAUUUAUUGAAACUUUCGAAAACCCAAAAACAAAUAAGGAUGCUGAUCUGACAACUCAGGGAAAUAUUGAAGUUACCUCUGUGAAAAUAUUAGUUUCUUUAAAUCCUUCUGAUUCCCGCACACAAGAUAUGUCUAAUCAGCAAAAUGUCAGCCUACCUGAAGGAUUUAUUGAUUGGACUGAUGAACCAGCCAUCAAUAACAGUUUAGACCCUAUUAGCAAUGAUCUAGAAAAUGUUUACUCAAAUUUUGAUUUUGGCAAUGAUGAAGAGGUCACAGCUUUGCCUUCACUCAGAAAUAAUACUCGGCCAACACGAGCACUAGUGGUCUUCUUCAGCUUGAGGGUAACCAACAUGAUGUUUUCAGAAGAUUUGUUUAAUAAGAGAUCUGCGGAGUACAAGGCUCUUGAACAGCGAUUCCUAGAACUGCUUGUGCCAUACCUGCAGUCCAAUCUGUCCAACUUUGAAAACCUUGAGAUCCUCAAUUUCAGGAAUGGAAGUAUCGUAGUGAACAGCCGCAUGAAGUUUGGAAAGCCAGUGCCCCGAAAUGUCACCAAUGCUGUUUACAUAAUCCUUGAAGAUUUCUGCAACACUGCCUACCAGACUAUGAAUCUUGCUAUUGACAAGUAUUCUCUUGAUGUGGAAUCAGGGGAUCAGGCCGAUCCUUGCAAGUUUCAAGCAUGCAAUGAAUUUUCACAGUGCACUGUAAACCGCUGGACGGGAGAAGCUGAAUGUGUUUGUAACCCUGGAUAUUUUAGUGUAGAUGGGCUGCCAUGUCAAAGUGUAUGUGAGCUCAAGCCAGACUUCUGUCUUAAUGAUGGAAAGUGUGACAUCAUUCCAGGUCAGGGGGCCAUCUGCAGGUGUCGAGUAGGUGAGAACUGGUGGUACCGUGGAGAGCACUGUGAAGAAUACGUCUCUGAACCUUUAGUAGUGGGUAUUGCAAUUGCGUCAGUAGCUGGAUUCUUGCUUGUUGCCUCUGCUGUAAUCUUCUUCCUUGCAAGGACCCUAAGGGAUCAAUACGGAAAAAGUGACAAAGAUGACUCAGGAGAUGGAUCAGUCAGACGGGGUAACUGCCAGUCCUCAACUGAGAAGGCUGUGAAAUACAAUCCGAUGUAUGAAAGCGAUGCCACCACAGGAUACAAUCACUAUUACAGACGCUACCCACAGCUGCCCUCCUACAGUUCUCCCAGUGCAGAGGCCUCUACAGACUUCAGCAGUGAAGAGAUCAGGCACAUCUAUGAGCACAGUGAGCUCACUAAGGAGGAAAUUCAGGAUCGAAUACGAAUAAUUGAACUGUAUGCAAAGGACCGGCAGUUUGCAGAAUUUGUGCGACAACAUCAGAUCAGGUCCAUGGAUGCAAAGCAACUAAGUUCUUCAAGUUAGCCCCAGUGAAGAAAUGUUCACUAGGCCACAUCCAAAGAG